AUGGCAGAACAAGCUGCAGCCACGGCCGCGCUCGCGCGGGAUCAACGCAUCGACGGCACACUCGAGCAAUUCCUGCUCGCCGCCAAUGUCGACCUCUCUCUCUCGUGCCACCCCAACAUCGGCUCGGAGGUGUGCAAGGCUACACUUCGCCUGUUCAACGACACGCGGGCGAUGCUUCACGUUUUGACCGACGGCGACAAAGUCCUGGACAGCCUCAACAUCAUGUGCCAGUCAAUCGAGAUCGGAUACUCUGCAUACAACACCACCACGAUGCAGUUUGAGACUUCAGAUCUCACCACUCAGUCCAUGAUCGAGGAGGCGCACAAGAAUGUCGCUGCUGUGAAUGAUCACAUUUGCAAAUACUUCGCACAUCCAGCCAUCGGCAAUGGCCCUCCAUCAGACAGCGGCGAUGGCUCUCUACCAGACAGCUCUCCGCCAGACGCCGGUCAUGCUGACGACRACGCCACUCCACCAGACGCGCACCUCGACGACGCCGGCCAUGCUGACGACGACGCCACUCCACCAGACGCGCACCUCGACGACGCCGGCCAUGCUGACGACGACGCCACUCCACCAGACGCGCACCUCGAUGACGCCGGCCAUGCUGACGACGACGCCACUCCACCAGACGCGCACCUCGACGACGCCGGCCAUGCUGACGACGACGCCACUCCACCAGACGCGGCCCUCGACGACGCCGGCCAUGCUGACGACGACGCCACUCCACCAGACGCGCCCCUCGACGACGCCGGCCAUGCUGACGACGACGCCACUCAAGCAGUGUCUGUAUCAAUCGAUGAACUUCGCUUCGGUUGCCUCCGCGGCCUGAUGAAGAAAGCGACACGCAAUCGACCCACUCAAGCAGUGUCUGCAUCAAUCGAUGAACUUCGCUUCGGUUGCCUCCGCGGCCUGAUGAAGAAAGCGACACGCAAUCAACCCACUCUCAUCCCAUCCACCAUCAUCCCCUCAACCACGCCUGAGUCAGGCAACUCCGCUUCCGCCCACUCUCAACCCGAGAGCAGCUCGUCUGCUCCACCCACUCUCCAACAAGACGAGCAUGAGGCUUCUUCUAGCCACUCCGCGCCCGAGCCAGGCAACUCCGCUUCUGCGACACCCAUGAGCAGAGCUCCGCACUCCAGCACGAAGCAUACUCUCGCGACGCGCCAGUUCAAGGUCAUGCCUUCGAAGCAAAAGGCUGCUGCUAGCAGCUCGGCGCCCGAGCCAGGCAACUCCGCUUCUGCGACAUUCAAUAGCAGAGCUCCGUCCUCCGGUCAGAAGAAGCAUCUCGCGAUGCACCGGCUCAAGUCUUUGAAUCCGAAGGCUGCUGCUAGCAGCUCGGCGCCGCCGGCYCCGCAUCCGAAGCAGAAGCCCACCAAGGACGACCUGUACACCAGCAACUCGGUGUACCUAUACACCGAAGUACACCAGGAACCUUACUCCCCGGCAUUCCCCCGCGGCUUCUAUCCCGCGAAGUGGGACGGAAGCCGGUUGGUGAUUGAAAAGUCCGCCAUUAUCAGAGGCUCUCAAUGGAGCCCAAACUCCGUCUUCGUUCUCGACGGCAAAGACGACGUUACCGCCGGCGAGAUGCACCAUCUUUCCGCAGGUGGAUUCCUGUACGCCCUUGCUGCCCUCGGCCGAUACACCGACGAGCAGCCUUUCCACGCGGUCGUCAUCCGAAACGUUCCCUACAUGACCAUUCCCAUGGUCAAUGCGCUCGUAAAGCAAUUGAAGACCAAGAUCCUCAUCGUCGAGGGAUGUGAGGCUAUUAACAUGAUGGACCACAUCAUGCUCGGUCUCAAAUUCAACGCCGUCUGCGAUGUGUUUGUUGGCGAGACCACCGCCGAUGCUGGAGACCCGCGCCUGAAGAACUGCGACCAUCCGCAAGCCUUCUAUGGCGACAUCUUACGGAUCAGUCCGUAUCUCGUGUAUGUUGGAGACGAGCACGUGUGGAUCAAUUCCAUCGCGGAGAAGAUUGCACACGACGCGGCGAMGAAGAGUAACGGCUCCUUCGCCGAGCUGUACCAGUCAGCUCUCCAUGCUAUCCAGGAGCUGUUCGAUGUCAUCAAGAUGCGACAAGGCUUUGGCGAUGGUAGCAAGGAAUACGUCGACGACUUUCGGGCGUUCUUCGCCAACCUCUUCAACCGCGGUCUCCUACUUGCUCUAAACAGUCGACCUUGCAAUAUGCAGACGAAAGAGGCCAUCGUAUACAGUACGAUGGAAUGCCACGGUGAGUAUCACUGUGGUCCUCUGGACGACGCGGACGAGGACGGGGACAACCGCGCUUGCAUAGCUCCCAACAAUACCAACUCGAUCGGUCUGGUAUUCUCGUAUGUCAGUGCGAGUGACGACAGAGUUUGCGAGUCAUGCAAGCUUACCGAGAAGCGUCAGAAGACGCAGGGCAUUAGCCCCGAGUCUGAUGUUCACAACAACGCCGAACUGAAGACCGAUCUCUUGGACGUGGCGAGGGUCCAGAAGUUGAAUAACAGCGACGUGUUCGCUUCCCUGGGUCCACUCCCGAACGAUUGCCUUGCAGCCGCUCGGUUCGACCUUUUCUGCCUCCGCCCCGGCUUCCACUACCGCCAGAUUGCGGAGAUCGUCGGUGGUAGCACCAUCAAGCUGACCAUUGGCGUCCAGAAGCGAAAGCCCGUCGAGGCCAAGGGCGACUGGAUGGAUGAUCAUGAGUACAACUCUCAUGUCAAAUACUAG